UCGUGGUCGUGACGUAACAGUGGAAAGUCGUCUGUCAAUUUGAAUUGUUUCAGUAUUGAUCGUGUCAGAUCUAAAAAAAUAUGUUUAAUUUGUGUUUCUAAGAGAAGUGAUAUUUGUCGAGUCUAGUGUGAAAUUAAAUUUUGAACAGUAAUAUUAAAGUAAUAUUCAAAAUUGAUAUCAUAGUGAUUAUUCAGUAAAACAUCGGUCUAGAUCCUACAUCGCUACAUCGAAGGGCGGUUUUCAGUGUAGGAUUCUAACACUAUCAUGGCACCGCCACCAAAAGGAAAAGCCCCAACAAGGGGAGCAAAACAAAUUUUCACCGAGAACAGAGCCACAGUUAACUUCUACCGCAACAUAGCACUUGUUACUUCUUUGAUUUACCACAGCACCAUGCUUUGUCUUCACUUCAGAGAUAUCUCGUCUGGGACUAUUCUCCUGAAUUUGAUUGUCUCAAUACUCUAUAUAGGCAGUAACCAAGUCAUGUAUUAUCUCAGCUACCCACAAUAUGCAGAAAAUGGUCAAAUGAUAGACCCAGGCUUAGAUUUGAAUAUGGAAGGUGGAAUUGGAGAGCAUAUUAAGGACAUUGUCAUACUGACAGUGAUUACACAGCUUUUGACUCUCUUCUCCGACUACUUCUGGCUGUUGCUGCUCUUGAUUCCGGCUCGAAUUUUCUGGCUGGUGUGGGUCAACUUCCUUGGACCAUGGUUCUUUGAAAAGGCACCCGAGGAUACGGAGCAAGAUGAAAAAAAACGCAAAAAAAUGGAACGCAAAAUGAAGAGAUUCCCACAAUAAAAUUGGUGUGAAGAAUCGUAAUGUUUUUAUAUUGUGUUUACUUUUUUCAAUGAGUACAAAAACAGUCAAACUUGGUUGAGCAGGAGAAAGGGGUGGGGGUUGUCCUUGGUUAUUAAGACUAAAGCUGAUGAUGAUGAUGAGUGAUGUCGUUUGUAAUGUUUGAACAGGUUAAAUAUAAAAUUGAAUAAGUCGACUGAGAAUAGGUGGACAAAUGAACCGUCCUUACGGAUUUAAUUUUACCAAGUUAGACUGUGACUUUUUGUCUACAUUUGGACAGAAAUCGGCUUAAAAUUACAUCUUCCUAGCAGUUUAAAGUGCACAAAUUUAAUCUGAUGUAUAAUAUAUAAGAUAGAUUGUAGUGAUUACAAUUAAAUACCCUUAUAACUUAUUUGUGAAACUUUAUGUAUAACAGUAAGUUUUAAAUAAUUAAUGAGUCAUAAAUGUCUACUAAUUAACCCCCUCAUAAGUUUUAGAUUUACUGUAUCGUAAUAGACCUAAUAGUAAACAAUUUCUUUCUUUCUCGCUUUGAAAAUAUUUCCAAAUAUUAUAAAAUAUAAUUACUGUAAUAGUGUGCA